AUGUAUUCCAAUUCUUAUCUUGGAGCCCCAGUGAGUGGACUACAGAAGCUUCAGUGCAUCAAUGAAGACUUGAGUGCUAAGGUGUUGGAACAAAUUAACAGUAAUCAGGAGAUAUUGACCUUGAACGAUUUUGAGCACCAGUCCAACAUCGAAUCCUGGCGAUGGGUUCUCCAAGACCUGUCAAACCGUCUCGAGGAGCUCAUCCAGUCGUUGAAAUACGAGCACAAAGCAUUGAGAGUGGUAGUGGAACGGGUUAAAGAAGAGAUCAACAGGCACUCUGAGGAGGGGAGCAAACCGGGUGCAUUGUCGCCACAGAGCGAUCCAGUGGAAGAUGCUAUCAAUAUGGAGUACAAGUUUCUUCAAGAACAAAAAAGGAAAUUCGAGCAGAUCAUUAGAGAACUUGACGAACAAAUUCCUCAAAUCCAGAAGGUAAAGAAGAGAAUAGAAGUUUCUGCCUUGAACAAAGAAGAAGCUAUUCAUGUUGAGGAGAAAUUGCCUGAUUUGGAUGUUUCAUCAAGAAGACCUUCUAAAUUGAUAAAAAAGAAAAGUUUAUCACCAUUAGAUAAAUGGGAAAGACAAUGUUUUGCGCUCAAGAAGAAAGGACUGUGUGCUCUCAGUCACGCCAUGAGCAUACGACAACAGGUCCGAGGUUGCAGACGUCUACUAUCGGUCACAGCUCAGUCCUACGCGACCCGCGUAGAUUCCCUGCUAAAGAGGCGGCUGUAUCUGAACAAGAGGAAGAUAGAAGACCUACAAUGGCAGAAAGGAGAGGCGCAAAAAGAUUUGGAGUCCCUUUCAAACGAAUUGACCGCAACCGAACAGAAUGUCCUAGAGACCAUGGAAAAAGUGCGUUUAAUGGAAGCUAGACUAGCAGACCGUAAACUGAGACCGCACAAGGAGUUGACAAAGGAUCCUGUGGACAGAAAGCUGAAAGAUGAGCUUCAGAGGUUGAAGAAGUAUUUGAAGUAUCUGAGGAAUAAUAUUGACAGGAUCACAUCGCUACAAGGGGACCUAACAGCAUCAAUAGUGCAAAUGAACUGUGUCGAAGAGGAACUAUCAAAAGUUAUCGAUCUCGACGAGAAUAGAAUCAGGCUUCGAACAUACGACGACGAAAUAUCGACUAGCAGUCUCAAUGGAACUGGGUCCAGUUCGGUUGUUCCUGCAAGCUCUCGCUCCAAUGACACUAGAAAUGAUGGAUUUAGAGAACAUGUUCCUUUGAGCGUUAUAAAGGAGGAAGAUGAGGUGUCUUCAGAUGAUGAUUAUCCCUUGGAUUAUUAG